UUCCCUUGGCCCCGCCCCCCAGGACGUGUUCCUGAUGAUCCGGCGGCACAAGACGACGAUUUUCACCGAGGCCAAGGAAUCCUCGACGGUUCUGGAGCUGAAAAAAAUCGUCCAGGGGAUUCUGCAUCGCCCUCCCGAGGAGCAGAGGCUCUAUAAGGACGAGCAACUUCUGGAAGAUUCCAAAACUUUGGGCGACUGCGGCUUCACGAGUCAAACGGCCCGACCCCAGGCCCCGGCUACUGUGGGGCUGGCACUCAGCAAUGGAGAAGAUUCCUUCGAGGGGUUGAGGAUCGAGCCGUUCUCGUCGCCCCCGGAGCUCCCGGAUGUGAUGAAACCUCAGGACUCGACCGGAGCCGCCACCGACCCCCCCCUGCCCUGAAAUUUGGGACAAAAAUCACAAAAUUCGGGAAAAUUCCUGAAAUUCCCAAAAUUUUCCAGAAUUUUCUGGGAUUUUUUGGGAUUUUCUGCGAUUUUUUGGGAAUUUUUUGGGGAAUU